AUGCCCGCGAUAUUAACGAAGAUAAGGGAGCAGGCGUUUAAGGUACAGCCGACGAUUGCUUUGGGGGUUGGAGUUGGUGUGGCGUUGGCGGCCUGCGCUGCUUACGGUGCGAGGGAGAAGAAACCGAGCAUCACAUGCCAUAAUAAUAAUAACUAUAAGGUAGCUAAAAAUGGUCAAUUGGAAGCCGUGUCGAAUGGUGAGGCUACCACUUGUGGUGGUAGGUGUGGGGCUGCUCAAUGUGCUCUGUGCCGCGGUGAAGUGGACACAGACAACAAACAAAAUAUUGAAGAUGCAGACGAAACUCAAUCAGUGGAAGAGCACGUGCCAGGGUUGAACCUUGAGUUCCUCAAACAGAUCGUCAGCCUGGCGAAGAUCAUGGUCCCAGGAUUUAGGAGCCACGAGGUCGCCUUGCUAUCGGCUCAUACCGUCUGCCUGUUCUCUAGAACCUUCCUCUCUAUAUAUGUGGCUUCCUUGGAAGGAUCUAUAGUGAGACACAUAGUCCAAAAGGACCUUAGGUCUUUCGCGGCGCUGUUGAUGCAGUGGUUCGGUAUCGCGAUACCAGCUACCUUCAUCAAUUCCAUGAUCAGGUACCUGGAGAGCCGACUGGCGCUCGCCUUCCGCACCCGCCUCGUUAACCACGCGUACGAACUAUACUUCAAGAACCAAACAUACUAUAGAGUCGCCAAUUUAGAUGCUAGGAUAGAAAACGCUGAUCACAGAUUGACAGAAGACGUGUCAGUGUUCAGUCAGUCAGUGGCUCAUCUGUACAGUUCACUAACGAAGCCCUGCUUCGACCUUCUACUGAUAGUGUUGACACUCGCCACAUACUCCAAUAAGAUGAAAGGAAAUAUAUUCCUUGGUCCGGGUAUAGCGACGGUGGUGAUCUGCCUCACGGGCCAGCUGCUGCGGAUCUUGAGUCCCAGGUUCGGUGCCCUGGCCGGGGAGGAGGCGCGCAUGAAGGCCAACCUGCGACACGUACACUCCAGACUGAUAGCUCAUGCUGAGGAAGUUGCCUUCUAUGGUGGACAUAAGGUAGAACUAAGCCAGUUACAGUCAGCAUAUAAAGAAUUGGUCGCUCAGAUGACGUCAGUGUUCAAUAAGAAGCUGUGGUACGUGAUGUUGGAGCAGUUCUGUAUGAAGUAUGUGUGGUCCGGCACUGGAAUGGUGAUGUUAGCACUGCCCAUACUUACAGGGACCAGGAUAGAUGGUAAUACAGGCGAGGGUAUCAGCGCCAGGACGGAGUACAUGACCACGUCCAGGAACCUGCUGAACUCAGCCGCGGACGCUAUAGAGAGGCUCAUGUCUAGUUACAAGGAGAUCGUCACUCUGGCCGGUUACUCCCGCCGCGUGUCAGACAUGCUGGUCGUGUUCGGCGAGGUCGCUAGAGGUCGUUGUGUGCGAGCUGUUCACGUCUCGUCUCCUAACACCAACGGGUUUCAAGUCACAUUCAAGGACGGACAGCCGGUUCCGCAGGGUAAAAUUUCGUACACAACGGAUCUGUCGAUACAUUUACGUAACGUGCCAAUAGUGACCCCGUCGUGUGACGUGGUCGCUAGCGGGGUGACGCUGGAACUCCGGCCCGGGACGCAUCUACUUAUUGUUGGACCUAACGGAUGUGGGAAGUCCAGCUUGUUCCGCAUCAUCUCCGGUCUUUGGCCAGUGUUCGGAGGCGAGCUGAGCGUGCCUCGUCCGUGUGAGUGUGCUCAUUGCGCUGAGCACGACGCGCCGGGGACACCCCCGGAGAGGUGCCUCGCUAGACCCGUCAUGUUCUAUAUACCGCAGAGGCCGUACAUGUCUGAGGGUUCGCUGAUCGACCAGAUCACGUAUCCAUCCCGCGCGGGCCCUGAGGACCUUGCAGCGGAGGCCCGCGCGGCCCACAUCCUACGAGUCGUGCGUCUGGACGCGUGUGCCGCCAGACACGGGGGGCUGCGGGCCGUGAGGGACUGGAGGAGCACGCUGUCUGGGGGCGAGAAACAGAGGGUGGCGUGCGCUAGGAUGUUCUACCACAGGCCGGUGUACGCGCUGCUGGACGAGUGCACGAGCGCCGUGUCCAUGGAGACGGAGGUGGUCAUGUACGAGGAGGCCGUCAAGGAGGGCAUCACGCUGCUGUCCAUCACGCACAGGCCGAGCGUGUGGAAAUACCACACCCACGUCCUGGAAUUCGACGGAACCGGAAACUGGUCGUUCAGACCCUUGGAGAAGGACGCUGCGGCCAUCACACCAGCACUACCAAGAAUCAGUGAGGUUAAAGAAGAAGAUACAAAAGAACCCACUAUUAACUGA